AUGCAAAAGUCUCUCAUCCUAUUCCUACUUUUCUCUACAGUAAUCGGCCGCGAAACCGCCGAACACGCCCUCCGCCGUCACCUUACCGCUCUGAUCCAAGCUGCCAAUUCGCACGCCUUCGCAACUAUUGUCCAUCUUUCGGAACCUGGAAGUAUGUACAUGUCGGUCCCCGACGGUUCAAGUUGAAACCUUCAAAUUCCAGUCAAUCCAGACCCGGUCGCCCGGUUCUAUAGCGGAAAAACGGUCGGCCCGUUCAAUGCGGUCCACGUGACCAGGGACCGGAUCCAAGGACGUCUCAACUUUGGGGUCCCUGCCGAAUGGUGGACGAUUCAGAUCGAGCGGGACCGGCGGAGCCCGACCGGAUGGGUUAUCACGGGCACGAUGAGGUCGGGGGGUGUCUGAUCAGUGCAAUUUUUUCGAUUUUUUCGAAAAAAAUGGAGAGAAAUGAACGUUCCCGCCCACAAAUGGGAAAAAGAUUUGAUUCGAUUAAAGGUCGGGUGUAAAUACGCGCGCUGAAACCCAAACCGACAAUAGCCACAUGAUUUUUUGUCUCAACCAGCGGGACCUGGUCCUGUUCGUCUUGGCGCUGAGCUCGGUGAGCUCCGCCGUCCAAACUCCGGCUAUUAGCAUUCUCCAAAGCACUGUGAACGCGCUGAUCGAAGCGGUUAUCAAUCGGAAUCAGCAGGAACUGUUCGAGUUGAUCUAUCCGAUUGGAGGUCCGUUUAUAAAUGGGUUUAUCGAUAAAACCGUCUGCUUUUUCGAGGCAACCGUCGCGCCGAUCCGAUCUUCCUUCGUUUUCAAGGCGUUCAGUUCCAAAUCCAAUCCGCCCGCUACGUGUUUCCGUUUCAAAUCGAGGCGUUUGUCCGUCUGACGCCCGGCGGACUCAACAGAGUUAUUCUCGGCAAGGUACCGUACUCCUACAGUAAUCCCUUCAACGCUCCGUGACUUUAGAACCCGCAAAGUUCGACGCAAUGGAAGAUCGUUCAGAUGACGCCGAUUCCGUUCGGCCACGGUCCCACCAGACACUUCUUCAAUCCCAAAUUCAACUAUUAUUCGAUUCGAGUUUCUUAA